UAAACUGGAAAAACAGUUAAAUACAGAAUUUGUACUUAAAAAUGAAAUAUUAGAAGACAGUGAUGUUCAAAUGGAAAAUGGACAGAUUAAUAAAACUGAAUUUCUGGAACAUGUGCAAAUUAAAACAGAAGUUCUGGAAGACAGUGUACCAAUAAAACAUGGUGAAGAGUCACUUUCGUGUAAUAUUUGUAAUAAAAUAUUUACUCAACGAUGUAGUCUAGUUAGGCAUCAACGAAUUCAUAGUAGAGAAAAAUCAUUUUCAUGUAAUAUUUGCAGUAAAACAUUUACUGAUAGCAGUAUUUUAGUUAAACAUAGAAUAAUUCAUGCAGGUGAAAAGCCAUUUUCGUGUGAUACUUGUAACAAGAAAUUUGGUCGUCGUGAUCGUUUAGUUAGACAUAAACGAAUUCAUAGCGGAGAAAAACCAUUUUCAUGUGAUAUUUGUGAUAAAUCAUUUAAUCAGCGAAACAUUUUAGUUCAACAUAAACGUAUUCAUAGUGGUGAAAAACCAUUUUCAUGUGAUUUUUGUGAUAAGAGAUUUGCUGAUAGAAGUUGUUUAUUUACCCAUAAACGUGUUCAUACUGGAGAAAGGCCAUUUUCAUGUAAUGUCUGUAAUAAAGCUUUUAUUACACAUAGUGCUUUAGUUAGACAUCAGCGGAUUCAUAGCGGGUAAAGAUGUGUUGUGAGGACUGCACCGAACUCCAGGAGUGUCUUCUACGCAUGAAAAUAAUGUAAAAAAUUUCUAUUAAUGGCUUUAAUGGAGUAUAUUAUCUCUUGCCAAAUUUUUAAAAUGAAAUAAACAA